AUGGCACGUGAAACCCUGAAUCUUGAAAACAAAGAGGGAUUUCGACCGGAUAGAGGCUGCGUUGACUACACCUUCACACUCUAUCAGGCGUUAGAACAACGCCACAUGUACAGACGACCCACAAUCCUGGUAUUCCUUGACUUCAGGGGUGCGUUUGAUUCUGUCGAUCAAUCAGUGCUGUUAACUACACUUGUUCAACAGUGUAUGCCCCAGAAGUUUGUAAACAUAAUCCGAUCCCCAUAUUCACAUUCUUCUGUGUGGGACUUGUGCUUCGCUAUGGUUUUCAAAGUUGAGGGCGAUAUCAUCUGCGUACUCCAGAUCGACAAGGCUCUCGCCAGCAACAAUUUGAACACCGAGGUUUCGAAGACAGUUCAGUGUUCACCUCAUUAUUUCAUCAAUUACGAAGUUGAACAAGAAUGGAGAGAGUGGACAUCCUUGUCCGACACCACUUUUUGUAGAUUUUAUCAGAUGAUACAGAACGAGGGUCAUACGCUUGACAGGAGUCGAAAUACGGACGCCGCGGAUUUGAGAAUGAAUGUGAAUGCGGGGAGCAAGCUGUCCAAUUUAAUCCCUUUUGCUGUGAAUUCUUUCAAACGUCCUUGCUGCAGGAAAGUUAUUUGGAAGAGCACGGCGGGGGGUGUCGCAAAAACUGUCGCAUGCGCGGAGCGUUUCAAACAAAUCGUCCUUAGUUCUUCCAAGCAGACCCCAGAUUCACCUCCAUUUUUCAAUGUUCUUAAAGAUGAGCCGAUUACUCAGUUGUAUCAGCUAACAAAAAUCAGCACCGUAAAGCGAAACUGUGUGGAUCGAGAUACGAUGGUGACUUAUGUGCUGGAGGAAUCUGCUAUUAUCAUUUCAUUGUCGAAAGAUCCAAUACCGGAAGAGACCUUCGUCCAGCUGGUUACUUCUGAAAACCCAUCAGUUUCUUCUAAUAUUCCAUCCUCAUUGACAUCGUUCCAAAAUCCGAAACCCCUCAGUCGUCGUCAACUGGUACAUUCGAAGAAACGAAAGCGAGAGCCUACCAAGGAUCCACUCUCCAAGCAGCUUGACCCAUUUCGGUCUCGCCCUAAUUCUGCACUUUCUGACAAGCAGCCAGUUAAAUCAAUAGACUUCCCCCCUGUAAUGCACCAGUCACCGCGAUUGGCACCAGCCCUUCUGGCAGUAUCAGGUGCUGUCAAAAAAUCUAAGAAAAAGAAAAUAUGAACUACCUUCCCCUUUCAUUUCCUGAUGUUACAUUUUGAGCAUUGAACCCAUUCACAUGGUAAUGAUGCGUACAUCUCCAGCUCCUCUUUGUUUUUAUUUUUCCGACCAACUUGUACAGUAGAAUUCAAGUGUAUAUACGAAUCGAAUAGAAGUCUGAAUCAAACAUUCGUGAUAUAUCCCGUUUGAGCAUUGGUUCUUCAUCCCAAUUAUGUGCAACUAGGAUUUUUCCGGGGGCAGGUCUAUAUCGCUAUUCCCCGCGAUCGGUUGGUUGCCACAGGUUUACCUUCCGCAACUUCUGUAGAUCUCCGUAAAUCGCAUGAGUACUGGCCUUUUGACGGAGUGAGGUCGACUUGUAACUCAUUCCAGUCAACCAAAUGGUCACCACUAUUCGUUUUUGGCGAAUGUAAACGGGACAUGGGUUGUGGUGCAUUGGGGAUUUCCGAUUUUAUUUCUGGUCUCCGAUUCUGUACAGCAGAAAUCGAUCCGUCCACUUGUCCGUACUCGUUUCCUCUUCCGGUAAGUAAUGCAAUGCGUUUCUGAAGAAGGCCAACCUGC